UUUACUUGGCAAGAAAGUGUUAGAAAUACAUGGCCAGGGUCCCCCUCCUACAAAAUAUUUUUUUCAGCUUACUGUCACUAAAACUGAGGUAUAUUCUUAUAUUUGAUCAUCCAUCUGAUAUAUAUCUUGGAAUUGCAGAGAGUUAAAAACAAAUAAAGUAAACUUUAUCUGCACAAUGCUGGACUGUGGCUGUGGAGAAAGGCUACACAUCAGGACAGCAGGCAUGGUGAUAUGGAGAUCGUGGAAGAUUUCUUUGAGGAUUGAAUUCAAGGGUGCUGCACCUGGAGAAAAUAAGAUGACCCACGAUGACUAUUUGCCUGAUGCCCGCCUGCAGCAACAGGUAGGUGUGGUGUUUGGCCAUCAGAUCCUACAGUACACCCAAGCACUGUGCCAAGGGAACUUUGACUACCUGGAGUGCCUGCCCAAUGACCUACUGCUCCAAAUCCUUCAUGGAAAUGAAGGACGUAGCACAGAUGGCACAGACCACAAAGAGGUUCCACAAGAAUGGGAUAUCCCAGCACUGCAACUCUCCAGAGUUCUGGGAACAGACUGUGAGGGGUCGCUGUGAUGAACUCACACCUGACAUGGAGGCCCUAGCCAACGCCAUGGGCUUAAGGAAGAUAUUCUUUGCCUUCUUCAACACCAAAGAGCACCAGCAGUAUGUACAUGGAGGUAGCUAGACACUUAAACAAGACAGUGUUACUCCUCUCAUAAUAAAGAUUUGGAAAUGUAACUUUCUCUGCCAGUAGCACAAGGAAUUAUUUAUGUAUUUGAAUGGUGUGUUGUGUCUCUUUGUGUUUAAAAUGCACUAUUGAUUGAUCUAUGUUAUGUGAAUGUGUCUUUCAGGGCUUUUUUAUUCUCUCUGUACCUUCGAACAAAUAACAUUCAAUUAUUUAGUCUUGGUUUCUGUCAUUGCAUUUGAUUUCUAAUCCAGUAUGUUGUAUGCACUAUUUACAAGUAAAGCCAUACUAUUAUUGAAUGCAUGUUGCAAAGGAAUUGUUGAGGUGUUUAUUA